UAAUAACUUCCCAUCUCACAAUUCUCUCAUCACUCAUCACAAAACUUCAUUAUUUUAAGUAACACACACGUAACGUAACCAUAGAUAUUGAUCUCCAUAUUUUAUUUAUUGCAUACAUCAUACUCAAACAAUUUUAAGCAACCAUCUCAUCAUAGAUAUCAUUCAUCUGUGCAAAUAUGGGAAACUGUUGCAAGCCGGUAUCAUCAAUGGAGUGGGACGGCGAGGACUGGAGUUUUUUGACGUCUAAAAACACAAGCUCAAGCAACCAAGAUCAUGGUCAUGGGUUGAGUUUGGGAAAAGUGCAGAAGGAGAAGCUUAUGGAAGCCCUAAGAGUUUCUCCUGACGUCAAUGGGACGGUGAAGAUAAAGAUUUCGAAGAAAGAGCUAACAGAAUUGUUGGAGAAGCAACAACAGCUUAAUAAGAUGCAAGCAGGGACAGCUUCUGCAGAACAAGUUCUGCUUCGCUUAAUAAAGGCAAGAGAUCAUGAUGAUCGUCACAGAUUGUGGAGGCCCGUGCUAGAGACCAUUCCUGAGGUUAAUUAGUUGAUUCAUCAUGAAAUCCACCCAAGGGUUGCAAAUAAUUGUAGAGCCAUUGAGAAGCUUUUUUUCGGCAGUAAAUUUAUAAAACAGCUAAGAAAUCCACCUUUUUUCAUGUAAAAUAAAAGGAUAGAUUUGGUUGGGGGAUUUGUAAUUCUGUUCAUUAUUUCUGCCAGUGAAUAAGUGAGAAACCAGAUCAAAAAUAAAGGUACAUCUUGGCAUGAUUCAGUCAUAUACCACAAUAUAUUAACUAUUCCAAGCCAGACUCCUGAGGAAAAUCAUAUAUGUGACACCAACAUACCUUUGCAAAAGCA